UGGGUUGUCUUAGUAAACGGUUUAAACUUUAUAUGCGCCCCCUUAAUAUUUUGUUGGAUCGUAUCUUAAGCUUACUUUUUAGCGACGGUAUUUUGUUGAGAGAGCUUAUUUAGUUGUGACAUGAUCGUUAAUCUACGCAAAUAUCGAUUACCAGUGUGACCAAAUUGAGCAAUGUUACUACUCGAAAGUGCCAAUAUGGAACAGAGUGUGCCCGAGAAUCUUAGCACGCAUGUGUUUAACGACUGUGAAAUGAAAUUGAGGGCGAAUAGUCACGAUCCUGCGGAUAGUGAGAAUGGAUCCAAUUCCAACUGUGAUCUGCCUACCAAAGAUUCAGCUUCGAAUUCCAGUGCAACCACCCCAAAUAUUACAACCACCAGUAGCAGCACCACAACCAAAGUGAAACUAAGUUUCAGUGUCGAUCGUCUGUUAAGCUCAGAGCACACUGAUCCUUUGACAUCCUUGAACCCAACACCUACACGACAAUGCUGUGAUGGUGGUCCCUAUACCUGCUGUACCUUUCCAAGCUGUUUUGGACAGAAUACGGAAACUGCCAAGCAUCCGCCUAUAUCUGCUCCACAUGCGUAUACCUAUGCAGGAUUGGAUAAGUUCUAUCCAGGCAUAUAUAUGGAUUACAAAUCGGUGCUAAGACCUACGCCCAUACGUGUUGCUGAGCAUGCAACAUUUCCCACACUGGCAACAAACGCACUUCUGCGUUUCCAUCAGCAACAGCAGCAACAACAUCAUCAUCAGCAACAGCAGCAGCAGCAGCAACAUGUACACCCGCAAUCACAACAUCCACACAAAGCAGCAACUUUAUUGCACAGCUCAACAUCGGCGGCUGCGCUGCUGGCGCCAUUAAAUAGCCUAAAGACGCUGCAGUUGACGCAGCAGCAACGUUUCUUGACGAAGACAGCGCAGCAGCAGCAGCUACUGGACAUUCCCACAACAGCAACAAGUGCUGGCAGUAGUUUACAAAAUGGCGGGCACUCACACAACAACAGCAGCAGCAGCGGCAGCAACAACAACAACAGCAAUGGCAGCAGCAGCAAUCACAGCAACAAUAUCAACGGCGGAGGCAGCGGCAGCAGCAACAAUAUUAACAACAAUGGGAAAAGAAAGCGUUCUUGGUCACGUGCCGUCUUCACGAAUCUACAGCGUAAGGGACUCGAGAUACAGUUCCAACAACAGAAAUACAUAACAAAACCAGAUAGACGCAAGUUGGCAGCUCGACUGAAUCUCACAGAUGCUCAGGUCAAGGUGUGGUUUCAGAAUCGACGUAUGAAAUGGCGCCACACACGCGAAAAUCUCAAGAGUGGCCAUGAGAAGCAGCCACCGUCACAAUUGGGCUCCGGAGCAAGUGCUGCCAAGCCAAUGUUGUUCCCGACCGGAGCUGUUGCUGUCAGACCCCAUGAAACGUUGGAGUACAGCUCCGACAGUUGCUCAAGCAGAGAGCUCAGCGAGAAAGCCGACGAUGACGAUAAUUUUGAAAUAGAUGUGGUAGAGUAACAACUAGAAUUGAGUUAUAUUGUCGAAUUGCUGUAGAAUAUGAAAGUCAGUGUGAAUUAUGUAGAAAUGAAUGUAAUUUAUAAGA